AUGGACAAAAAGCCAUGGAAAUAUCCAUUAGCCGUCUCGCCCUCUGAUCCCUCCUCAAUUAUGGCCUUUCCGAAGUCGUUUGCAAAUCACUGUGACAGCUUCGCUUCCUUUGACCCUGAUGACUACCUCGACAUCCAUGUUCCAAAAACAUUUGCCACAACUGUUUCUACUUCAGCUCCUGCUCCUGAUGCUACCAGUCUUCUAGAUGUUAGCCGGUAUUCUGGCAACCCAAGCCAUUCAAACACGCUAGACGGUUCUAGCUCUGCUCCAGCUAAUCCAACCUCUGCCCUAACUACAUCGAUCACGAGCAAUCUGCAUCCUCCUACAACACUGGACAUCCCUGAAGGCGAGGGUGAGGCUCUCCCACGCGGACAACCACGGCGUCGACGCCAAGGCUCCUCGGAGCGUGAUUACUCUGAGGAAAUCCGCAAUCUUAACAAAAAGCGCAAGCGCACGGGACAAGCCUGCGACCGCUGUCCAGUCCGCAGGUUUGCAUGCGACCCCAGCCCUGAGGGGUGUGGGAAGUGCACGGAACAGGGCUUGGAAUGCAAGAUUACCGAUAGUGUGACAGGGGAAACUUACGUUCGGGGUGCAGCGGGGGCGAUGAAGGCGGAGAUUGAGGUUUUGAAGGCGCGUAUUACGGCCUUGGAAUCCGAGAAUGCGCAGCUACGUACCCUUUAUGGGCUCAUGCCUGGGGUCGAGCACCAGUAG